AUGGCUGGACGCCGAUCUAUGGUUCACGAUAGUUCCAGGAUUUGGAUGAACAUCGGGCAAAACCAACUAAAGUUCACCAAAUUCUAUACUCAUCUUCCAUCGUUGAAUCUGAGGCAUGUUGUUCAUUUCGCUAGUUGUCCUUUCUCCGGACCAAUAGUAUUGGUACAAUCCAAAAGUGAUACAUCAUGGGUUGUUUCGAUAAGAACAAGUGGCGGACUCGAACUGAAAGACAAAAUGAACAUACCCGACGUUUUCUACUUGGAAUGGACGUAUGGGCAUCGUAUGCUGGUCAUUGACCGAAGAGGGAAAGCUUCGGUGUAUUCUGCGCUUGGAGAGUGUCUUAGUUAUUUCUCAUUCGAUGCUGUUAUCAAAGAAGUUCGAGAUGCAGUGGUGUUUCAAACUACCCAUGAUUCAGGCGUUGCCAUAAUGGAUGACCAGCAAAGACUUUUCGUUGUUAACUCUGUUAAUGAACCUGUAGUAUGGGGGAUGCAUAAUCCUUGCCGAGAGCAGCCUACAGCUUGGACAGUAUUUCAACCUGUUCUCCAACUGACAAGAUUAAUAAUCAUCUUCGGACGAGAUUUUUACUUGGGAUGUCAAGGAGAACAGCUUGGAAUUGUGGAUACAAAUUGGGCAUUAACAGAUGGCCAAUAUGCUAGAAUAGUAGUAGAUAAAACAAGAACGAAGUUGGCUGUCUAUCAUUCUUCUAGAACCAUUCAGGUUGUGGAUUCUGAUUUAUCAACAGAACUGUUACGUAUUCCUGUACCUGGGCAGCACGCGAUUUUCAAGUUUGGCUGGAUUGGCAGUGAAGCAUUGUUUCUUCAAGCGACUCCAACAUUUUUGCAAGUUUUCAGUGCUACAUCAAAAACUGCUUGCUAUGAAAGACAAACUGAAAUCACUCAGAUUGGUGUUGAGGAUGACGGGCUAAAAUUGUAUACCAACAAUGGGGUGGAAUUUGUUAGUAUAGUGUCUAAAGAUGAAGCUGAUGUCUUGGGAGUAGCGUCGAAUGCUGAUGGAGCUUUACUCAAUGAAGCUGCUCAGUUCUUACAUGAAGGGAAAAGUCAUCAAUCUUAUGAAUACGUCAUGCAGGUCCGCGAUCUUGGGCAAGCCAUUGAUUCUUGUAUAACAACAGCAACCUAUUGUUGGAAUUCCAGCAUGCAAAAGGAGUUGCUCAAAGCUGCCAAAUUCGGAAUGGCUUUUACUACCGGUUACGAGACUAAGAAAUUCACGAAAGUACUCAGAGACUUAAGAAUUCUGAAUGAAAUUCGUGGGAAAAGAGUUGGACUAUGUUUGACCUAUGAACAAUUCGAGAGAAUGAAACCUUCAUGUCUGCUCAACAGAUUAAUUGACAUAGGAUGUUAUGGGAUCGCCAUCGAAAUGUGCAAAUGGUUAGGGCAAGAGUUCGAAGAAGGAAUUGAUCGUGUUCUUCUUGAAUGGGUUCGGCGAACAAUUACAAACGCAGCUAAGGAGAAGAAUGUAUAUGAGAUGGAUAUGGAGUUUCUCGAUCACAAGAUUGCCAAAAAGCUUGAACAGUUUCCCCACAUUUCCAUCGCAGACGCAGCGGAGAAAGUAAUUGAAGCGAAGCUACCAAAGCUUGCCCGAUUACUUAUCAAAAGAGAAACUGACGAUUCAAAACAAGUAAAAGUUCUCUUGCAAUUAGGUGAUGUUCAAGAAGCUCUGAACAGGGCAGCGGCUGCACAGAAGCCUCAGCUUCUCCAUCAAGUAGUGAGACAUCUCAUGGCUACAUCAAAAAAAGCAGAAUAUGAGUUAGUGAUCAGAAAAAUACCUCUGGCGCAAUGUCUUUACCAAGAACUAGUGCGUCAGGAUGCUGGUUCAAAGCCUGGAAGACAAAUGCUAGCUCUUCUUGAGCAAGGAAGUGAUUUCGAGAGACAAACUCUUUAUCAUUUGGAUUGUGCCUCUGCUGAGUUCAAUCCUAAUGAACGACUGAACGCUCUGAGAAAUGCGAAGACGAGUGCGCAUUCGAUGGGAGAUAAACUGGUAGAAGAACUGAUUUCUGAUAUGGCUGCUUUUGCUCCAAGUCAAACUGAAAGAGGUUUUGAUAACUUGACGAUCAGAGAAACUGUAAUAGCUUUCGCUGCUGAUUCCCAGAAAGUGGAGAGGUUGAAACACCAAGCAAAGCUGACAGAUAAGCAAGUGUGGUUAUGGACCAUUGAAGGACUAGCAAGAGAAGGUAAAAUGGACCAGCUGAUUGUGAUGUCUCAAAAGAAGUCCCCUGUAGGAUAUGUGCCUUUCAUCAAAGCGUGUAUGAAGUAUAAUAGGGCUAAUGAAUGCAAUAAGUUUUUCCCAAAAGUUAAUGGAUACAAUGAUUUGAUAGCUGCUCAUUUGGCGAUGAAAAACUUUCUAGGUGCCGCGAAGAUGGCAUUCGAUCGUCGGGAUCGAGAUAUGCUUCAAUUUGUUUAUACAAAAUCUCACAAUAAUAAAGAAGCUCUCAGCCAAGUUGGGCAGCUUUUACGAUCACUUUGA